UCCUUUGGUAUCUGUACACAAGCGGACCGCAGUAUGAUGGUGCUGUUGCUGCGAUGCCCGAUUCUAUAGCAAUAGUUAAUAUUAUAUGGUUUUUGUUAGCGCUGUGUUUUCUAGUAGCCUUUUGUCUCUUUAAGUUUUCAUUGAAACUGCCUCACAGGCUCGAGCACGUGUUUCAGGAUUUAAUCCGAUAUGGAAAAACUAAAGAACACAUCAAGCGCUCAAACUGGCAGCUCGUCUUUGACAUAUCAAAGAGGUGUUUCUAUCAUUUCUAUGCGGUGUCUGUCAUGUGGAAUGGGCUCCUCCUACUAUUCUCCUUGUGUUCUGUCGUCAUGAAUCAGGCUCUCCCUGAUUGGUUAAUAAACGCGCUUUGGUGUUUGACUGGCAGAUCAAGAGCUGCUUGGAACGAGUUACAUCUCUCCAUUCUGCUUUUACAAGUGCUACUAUGGGUCCACUCUCUUAGACGGCUAUUGGAGUGCCUGUUUGUCAGCAUAUUUUCUAAUGGUGUGAUCCAUGUAGUCCAGUAUGCAUUUGGUUUGGGUUACUAUAUCCUACUUGGACUAACGGUCCUAUGUAUAAAUUCCUCUUUGCCACAAUCGGGGUCUCUUGUUAAUCAACUCGCAUGGCAUCAUGUAAUUGGGACUCUUCUUUUCAUCUGGGCAUCACUCCUCCAGAACCGGUCCCUCUCAAUGUUGGCCAAAAUGAGGACUGACAGCUCAGGUAAAGUAGAGACUCUAGCCCACAAGAUGCCUUGUGGGGGCUGGUUUGAGCUGGUCUCUUGUCCGCAUUACCUGGCUGAGCUUCUGAUUUAUGUUGCCAUGAGUGUUUGUUGUGGCUGCAGUUCUCUGACCUGGUGGCUGGUGGUACUGUAUGUACUCUGUAACCAGGCACUGGCGGCACAGCUCUGUCAUGAUUACUACAGGAGCAAGUUUGAGACUUAUCCAACUCAACGCAAAGCUUUUAUUCCUUUUGUCCUGUGAUUUUUAUGUAAUAAGCUCUUUUAUAUGGGAAUAAGAAUCAUAUUAAUAAAGUAUUAACUAAACAAAA